CACAGCGCUGCUUUGACAGACGGAAAGCGGAAGUUGACCAGUCGUAUUCUAGUACUACCAUCGGUACAGAGCUUCAUUUUGACAGCCUUUUUACUCUAGGCGAGUGUAUGGAAAUAGACGUGUGAAAUGAAGUUGAACGUUUCUUUUCCCGCUACCGGGGCCCAAAAGACCUUCGAGGUCAUGGACGACCAUAAGCUGCGUCACUUCUACGAUAAGCGUAUGGGAGCUGAAAUCACUGCUGAUCAUCUGGGCGACGAAUGGAAAGGGUAUGUGUUCAAGAUCGCCGGAGGAAACGACAAGCAGGGUUUUCCAAUGAAGCAGGGCGUUCUAACCAACACCCGUGUCCGUCUGCUGUUGAAGAAGGGCCACUCUUGUUAUCGUCCACGUCGUACCGGCGAGCGCAAGCGUAAAUCGGUUCGAGGUUGCAUUGUGGACCAGAACCUGUCGGCGCUGGCGCUGAUUAUCUUGAAGAAGGGAGAAAAGGACAUUCCCGGACUGACCGACACCACUGUUCCUCGCCGUCUGGGUCCGAAGCGAGCCAGCAAUAUUCGCAAGCUGUAUAAUCUGACCAAGGACGAUGACGUUCGUCAGUUUGUUGUUAAGCGUCCCCUGCCGGAGAAGGAUGGCAAAAAGCCUCGCACAAAGGCUCCGAAGAUUCAGCGCUUAAUUACUCCGGUAGUUUUACAGCGCAAGAGGCAUCGCCUGGCAAUCAAGAAACGCCGUGUCGAAUCGCGCAAGGAAGCCGAGGCUGAGUACGUCAAGAUUCUGGCUGUUCGUCGUCGUGCCGAGCGCAUCCGUCGCCGUUCGCGUCUGUCUUCGAUGCGUGACUCACGCAGCUCGAUUGGUUCCGAUAAGGAGAAGGAGAAGGCCGCCGCUAAGGUUGCCAAGAAGGUGGCCAAAAAGGAGGCCAAGAAAGAAGUGAAGAAGGUCACUGAGGCCGCUAAAAAGACUCCGGAUUCGAAGGCCAAGCCUGAUGCCAAGAAACCUGAGAAGAAGGCCGAAGGAAAGAAACCCGAUGCAAAGAAGGUAGAGGCCAAGAAGGCCGAUACCAAGAAGGUUGAUUCUAAGAAAUCCGAUGCCGGAAAGAAACCCGCCGGAGACAAGAAGGAAAAGAAAGUGGUGAAGAAGGACGCACCGGCGGUCGCCAAGAAGGAGGCACCCAAGAGGAAACCCGAAGCUAGCAAGGGUGACGCAAGUGCGGCCAAAAAGGAAAAGAAGCAGAAGAAGAAGUGAGCUGCUGUUAUUCUAGGAUGCGUUUUAUAAUUUAAUCUUAAUGGUAUGAUAAACAAGAGAAUACAGUUAAGAAAAAUG